AAUCUCAAGCACAGAAAUGGAACCAAAGGAAACUCCUUUCAGAGCAUUUGGUCAGCAGUCUAUCGCCUCUUCGUUUCUAAGUCCCUCUUCCAAUCCUUUCAAGGCUUCGAAAGAUAAGACCAAAAACGAAGCUUCGGAGAAGGGCUCGCUCUCGGAUUUCCUCCAACGGAAGCUCAACGAAACUUCUGGACUUCCCGGGACGGUGAAAGGGAAAUCAAAACCCUUUUCGUCUUUGUUGGGACCGAGAGAGAGCGGUGGUGGGUCCAUUGAUGAGCAAGCUGAGGCAAAGAAAGGAGGGGCAGCAGACUUGAAUUCUGUUGUUGAGAAAGUUGUUCUUGAACAGUUCAAGCAUAGUGGUACAUUAGAAGGAGAUUGUGUUGGCCCAAGCAGUGCUGGCGGAGCAGAAAAUUGCGACAAAACCAUAGUUCGAGGAUUGAGAAAGAGGAAGAACUUGGAAGGUGGGCAUGAGAGACAAAUUCCCCGAAAGCAUUUUGCAGUUCUUGGAGGGAAUUUGAAGCUUAAGCAGCAAAGAAGGGACGGGGACCUUACUAACAGAGAGAAUCUUAAAACUGCAUAUAACCACUAUGCAAAUGGUGGUGGCUGGUGGGACAACAACAUGGAGGGUGUUGACAAUGAAGAAGUUGGGUUUAGUGAGGUAUGGGAAGGAGUGGGGUCCACCACUUUUGGGGGAAUUGCAGACUGGCAUUAA